GAGUGGAACGGAGCGGAACGAAUGUACCAUUCUAUUGUUUGGAAAUUUUAGAACGGAAUAAGACAAAUUAUUCAUUCCGCCCAAAUCGGAGGGGAAGGAAUAUGGUGGUAAGUGAUGGAAUGGAAUGAAAUCCAUACCACUCCUUUCCGCUCCGCUCCAUCCGUUUUUAAAUUAUCCAAACAACGGAAUAUCAUUUUAUUCCGUUCCGCUCCGCUCCAUCCGAUUCCAUCAAUCCAAACAAAGCCUAAAGAAAAGUACUAUACAACUUUCAACCUCAAAAAGAAAAAGAAAACUAUACAACUUAAUUUAAUACAUUCCCUCGCUCUCUCAUCGGCACCCCCUGGCAGUACUCCACAGCACCACCGCAACAACAUCACAAUGAAGGACGAUUUCCAAUCCGACACAUCCUCCGUUCUCCGUCUCAACAUCGGAGGGAAGAAAUUCUCGACGACGAUCGAUACGAUGACACAUCGCGAGCCAGAUUCAAUGCUCGCUGCUAUGUUCAGUGGUCGCCAUACUCUUCCUCAAGAUCCUCACAAGGGAUAUGUGUUUGUUGAUAGGGAUGGUACGCACUUCAGACACAUUCUCAAUUGGUUAAGGGACGGCGUGGUGCCCACUCUUGUGGAAGCUGAAUAUGCAGAGCUGUUGAGGGAAGCUGAGUACUAUCAGCUACUUGGGCUUGUAGAUGGAAUCCAAGAUGUCCUUAAUAAGAGGAAGGAAGAUGACGAGCUCCGAACAGAAUUGACGCGUACUGAUAUCAUCAAGUGUAUACAAUCUGAUAAAGUCAGGUUUCGAGGGGUUAAUCUUUCUGGCAUCGACCUCUCUAAACUGGAUUUAUCAUUUGUGGAUUUCAGCUAUGCUUGUCUUAAAAAUGUCUUCUUUUCAAGAGUAAAUCUUCAAUGUGCAAAGUUUCGGGAUGUUGAUGCCGAGGGCUCCAUCUUUCACAAUGCAAAUUUGCGGGAAUGUGAGUUUACUGGGGCAAAUCUCCGUGGUGCUUUAUUGGCUGGUGCAUGCCUUCAGAGUGCAAAUCUACAAGAUGCUUGUUUAGUAGAUUGUAGCUUCUGUGAAGCCGACCUGCGAUCUGCACAUCUACAGAAUGCUGAUCUUAUUAAUGCCAAUCUGGAGGGAGCUAAUCUGGAAGGAGCUAAUUUAAAGGGAGCAAAGCUGAACCAUGCCAACUUGAAGGGGGCUAACCUUCAACGAGCGUAUAUGCGUCAUGUAGAUCUUAGAGAUGCGGACUUGGAAGGAGCAAAACUUGAUGGUGCCAAUCUGCUUGGAGCAAUAAGAUAAUAUUUGGACCGAAGAGUGAAGAUAUUAAACUUCAGAAAUGGGGAAGUAGCUAAAGAAACUCAAGAUGAGUUGACUUGAGAAGUUGAAAGUUGUCUUAUUUCGAAAGUGCUUACUAUUGCUGCUCAUGAAGUUGUGCAUCGGGUCGUCAAUCGACGUUAUGGUUGUACCUGCUGAUGAUCUUCUCCAACAUGCUGUCAUUGUAAGGAGGAAGCCAUUUAGGCUUUUCUUGUUCAUAUUUGGUAUUUCAUUGUGUGGUUUUUUGUUUUAUGUAUCUAGUGAAAGAAAGUUGCAAUAUUACUGAUACUAUUUAUGAUAUGUGAACCAAUACCAUCUGGUGUAUAGCACUGUUUCUAAUAACAUUUAAGCAUGAUCUGAAUGGUUAAAAACAUGAUAAUUGUGAUAUGUAUGCAUCAGGGUCACCUGAGUGAAAUGAUGUUGGAGAACAUGAUAGGUAGCAUAAAAUAGAUAUUUAUGAAAUAACUGAAGUUUGAGCUCUACAUAAAUAUACAAUUUAAAAUAUAAAAAUAAAAUUGUUGUCUAGAAUUAUGAACAAAAAUGUAUAUUAUGUAAAUUGUAAAAUAGGUAUAUAGAAGUUGAGAUUUUUUUUUUUCUUUGGUUGUGGGGAUGGUCGAAAGAAGUCUGUGUUGUAACGGUUUUUAUAGAUUGUUAUUCUUUGGUUGUCAUUUGACAACAACCGUAGUUGUUUGCAUUUUGUUUUAGAGUUUUCACGUUAUAUAUUAUAUAUGUGUUGUGAUUGUGGUUUUUACUUUCUUUAUGUAUGUUUUUUCAACAUUUGGUUUCACAGUCUAGUUCGACUUGGUGAGGGAGCGUGAGCUGGAUCUCGCGUUGAAUCUUAUUGCUUUGGAUACUGUUACAGGAUGUGGGAGCUCACAAUUGUGGUAGAGGUUCUUAAGUUCAAAUGUGAGAGGUUAAGUCUCACAUCAUUAUGAAUUAUUGUGGUAGAGGUUCUUAAGUUCAAAUGUGAGAGGUUAAGUCUCACAUCAUUAUGAAUGAUGAAAUGCUGAAUUUAUAAGAGAGUAGACCCAUAUACAUGCCUUAAAGUUUGAAUUUAUAAGAGAGUAGACCUAUAUACAUGCCUUAAAGUUUUGGAUUGAGAUGUGGUGGAUUGAGAUGUGGUGUCUCCUUUUUUGUGGUCUUGGAACAAUGGUUUUGUUGUUACUUUUGACUUUUCCAGAAUCUCCGAUAAAUAUUGAUCUCACAUGGAAUAAAGUUGUCUAUGUGGGUGAAAAAUUCGAUAAAUAUUGAUCUCACAUGGAAUAAAGUUGUCUAUGUGGGUGAAAAAUUCGUUAGAUUUGAAGUGGCUUUAAAUAAUUUAUUGGUUGAUAAUAAGAGGUAUUUUAGGAU